UCAAUCUGCUUCAACCUCCUUACCGUGGGCAAGCAGUUUAUUGCUUUUCAUACAUAUUUUGAAUUAGCAUUGACUUAUUGCGCUUCUUGGCUUAUCUACAAGACUAGCGCGAUUUCUUCUUUUGUUUUCUCUCCUCCCCUCUCCUACUUACCUCGUCAUGUCUACUCCUCUUUCCCCCUUAACGUCGUCGCGUCAGAACUCACGAGGUCUCUCACCAGCCUCCUUCCACUCUAAGACAGAGCACAGCGGCAUUGACGAAACUAUGGCGAACAACGAGUAUUCAGAGAACACCUUUUCAAGUCCAUUAAAAACAGUUAUCAGUAAUACAGACAUUGAAGACCCUCAAGAAGACAUGGACUACCCCCCGACACACGAAUCACACGAGCAAAAUGUAGUCGAGGACGAUGCCGAAUCUUUCCAGGUAGCACCUAGCUCACCUUUUCAGUUUGAUGGGAGAGAUGAAACCGUCGACUUUCAAAUGCUGCAAAGGCAACAACAAAGACAGCUAUCACCCAUAUUCAGUGAACGGUCUACGACUCCCAGAAAACGGUCCUACGAAAAUGUCCCCGAUGAACAGAAUGCAGACGAAGAUUUGGACGAGAGGCACACGAAAGACACGAACCGAAGAGAUCAGCCCGAGAUUAACGUUUACGCGGAUGAAGAUGCUCGGCCUCACAAUGAGCAGAACUUAGUCGAGGGCGCAGGACAGGAAACAGCCAACAGCAUGAUGGAGGAUAAGCACAAUGAAGGCAUGAGUACUGUUCUCCGCGAAGACGAAACAGCCGGAGAAAACGAAAAUGCAGACGCAGACGACGUGGACGAUGCUAUGAUUGACAACAACGAUGAUGACGAACUUCACGAAACCAUGGACGAAACUUGUUUGAGCACAUUUUCAGCUGUUCCAAAUGCAGACAUGACAUCAUUUGCAAGGCUGCGAGGCGAGUCGCCCACAAAAGCGAUGCGAAACUUCCAGAACAGCCCAGCUCAACAGAGCGAUGCUCGCAGCGUGGAACCGUCUACUCCAAACAGCUCCAAGAGGCCGUACAUGAAAAAUUCAUUGAUUGACAUCGGCUCGCCCAUCGGUUCACCUACGCCCAGAAAACGGGAGGCCAGGGAUAUCGGAAAUCCGAGCGACACGCCCAACUUACUAGACCUCGCAGAUCAGCAUACCUUUUUCCCGCGUAAACGCUAUAGCGUACAGAAUGCGCGAUACUCCCCCUCUCGGCGCUCGCCAUUGCGAAACGUGGGCGAAUCUAUCAGGUCGCCGUCUAAAACGUCACUGCUGGACUUUGAUAUCCCUCCCGUACCGACCCCCCGGUCGAUCCCAACCGUCACACCCCGAGAACUUGAGUCCCUUAAGUCUGGUUUCAUGUCAGAGAUUUCCUCGCUGAAAGCGACUUUGAGUGGAAAGGAAGCUGAGGUUGCCAGCCUUAAGCAGGCUGUUGCAGACGCGGAACGACGUGUUGGCGAAGCCAUGGAAGAAGUUCGUCACGAGGCUGCCAGUAAAGAGGCGUUGGAGAUUGAACAAGUCGAAUGGCAGCGAAGGGGUCAGGAGAUGGAAGAUGUCCUACAGACCGUAAGGGCUACCAUUGUGGAGGGCGAGCGUGAAAGAGAACAGUUGACGAAGAAGGUGGAGGAAGUCGAGAAGAGCAAGGAACAACUCGAAGGCCGAGUUGUUGAGCUAGAGAGCCAACUGGAAGCAGCUCGGACUUCAGCACCCAGUGAACCAGGAGCGUCUGAGGCUGCACCCAACACUAAAACGGCAGAAAAGACGGCCAACGAAGUCCAGGAUGCGGUUGAAAAGGUUGCUCGUGAGCUUCACGCACUGUACAAGGGCAAGCACGAGACCAAGGUUGCGGCGUUGAAGAAGAGCUAUGAGUCACGGUGGGAAAAACGCGUCCGGGAGGCCGAGAAAAAGGCGAAAUCCACCAAUGAAGAGAACGAACGGUUGAAGAUGGAGCGCGAUGCCGCCAUGUCGGAGGCUGCCAACCCCAAUGCUAGCAUGAUGGCCCGUGAGAACGAUGAUCAUGAAGCCGAGCGGCACGUCCUCGAAGCACAGAUGCAGGGUCUACAGCAGGAAAUGGCCGCAAUCAAGGCGGACAGUGAGCGAAUGCGCUCGGAGUUGGAAAUGGAAAGGGCCGAAAAGGGCGAACUCGUUGCUGCUGUGGAUGAAUGGUUGUCGAUGCAGCAACCGCAGCAGCAGACCUCUGGACCUUCGAGUCCACGUGAGGAGGAAUCUGGGGAGCGCACGACAACACCAGAGCCAAUGGUUGAAGAUUUCCGACGCAGUAUUGGACGCAGUGGCCCUAGUGGCAUCCGUCCUCCCAGCACAGGGGAGAAGAGGAUACCCAAGAUCCCAGCGCCAGCCAGUCGACAUGGUAGAGGCAACAGCGGGGGCAAAUCUGGGAUAGCAGUGUUUACGCCAGGCCGCAGUGGCAUCAUGGGAUCGAUUGAACGGAUGGGCCGUGGUGCAUAGGCUGCAUGAUGGACGGAUUGAUUUGUUACGAUUACUAUUCCCCUUUUUGUAUGAGGUUUUUUACGUUUUGCUUUGAUAGUUUUGAAUUGGCUACUACUGAGAUAUCCUGAAGGCGUUGAAAUAGGAAUGUCAUUGGAUGUUGAGUCAAGAUCACAGCGAGUAGUGGUAGCAGAGCAAGUAUAUCCCUGAACCAUCGACCUCCGCUGCCCCGGCU